AUGCACUACGUGGUCCUCGGCGCAAAGUGCGAUGUUGGCGACGGCGCUAGAUUGAGUGCUUGCUUGUGCGAAAACACAAGUUUACUGAACGAUAUAUCGAUAUGCGUCCAGAAGUCGUGCACCUUCUCGGACCUGCUUGACCUCAUUCGAAUCAAGGCCGACCUCUGCGCCGACUAUUCAUUGCCAUCUCGCAGUACUUCCAUUGUCAUGGCGGCUGGGGUCUCGAUUGCUAUCACAGUUCCAGUCGUAGCGCUCAGAAUCGUUUGGAGGCUGGCCUCGGUAGGGUCUCUUUGGUGGGACGAUUGGACUGCAGUCCUGUCGGGUGUUUUCAUGGUCGUGACAAACACGAUUGCGUUGACAAGCGCCAAGCUGGGCUUCGGGAUGCACAUUUGGGAUCUGAAUCCUCGUUUCGUUCUUGUGUUGAGGCAGCUGUUUUGGAUUGGCGAGAUAGGCUACCUCCCAGGUCUCAGCUUACUCAAAGUGUCGAUCCUUCUACUAUACGGCCGAAUAUUCCAAACGGAAAAGUUUCUGAAGAUGGUACGAUAUGGGACGAUCUUUCUAGUCGCCAAAACCAUCGCCUUUACCUUUCCUGCCGCCUUCCAGUGCAUACCGCCUUCUGCGGCAUGGAGCCACGAUCCCCAUGCAACGUGCAUCAACGCGGCCGCUUUCGGAUAUGCUUGGUCAGGGAUGAGCAUUGUUGAGGAUCUGUUGCUUAUAGCUCUUCCCAUCCCGACGCUGUGGAACUUGCAGAUGAGCAGAAGCAGAUGUAUUUGCGUUACGGGAUUGCUUAGCAUUGGCUCACUCACCUUUGUCGCCAGCAUCGUUCGCGCAAAGUACAUAAUCAUACUGGCAGAAACAUUGGAUACCACAUGGGACAUGGUCGACAUCAUAGUAUGGACUCUGAUUGAGCUCCUGGCCGCCGCUAUUUGCAGCUCAGUUUUGCCUUGCCGAACCUGUCCCACCCGCGUUUUCUCGCUCGUGCGCUCCUACGUGACGAACAGCCACUCUGGGACGGAGUUCGAGCAAGUCGCUGCACAUGACUCAAAGCGCCCUUCGGCGGCUCGCAUAUACCAUCAGUCCAAUUCGGUCGCCAGAGUCGUCCAAGUCUGA